AUGGGCAAAAUCAUCUUCUACGAGGACAGGAACUUCCAGGGUCGUUCCUAUGAGACCAGCAAUGACUGUGCUGAGGUGACCUCCUACCUGAGCCGCUGCAACUCCUGCAGGGUGGAGAGUGGCUGCUUCAUGGUCUACGAACGUCCAAACUACAUGGGUCACCAGAUGAUGGUGAGGAGGGGAGAGUACCCUGACAACCAGCGUCUGAUGGGAAUGAGCAUGAGUGACUGCAUCCGUUCCUGCCGUAUGAUCCCCAUGCACAGAGGCCAGUUCAGGAUGAAGAUCUACGAGAGGGAAAACUACGGAGGUCAGAUGAAUGAGGUGAAUGAUGACUGCGAUUCCAUCCAGGAACGUUACCGUAUGUCUGACUGCCAGUCUGCUCACGUGAUGGACGGCCACUGGCUGAUGUAUGAGCAGCCCCACUACAGAGGCAGGAUGCUGUACCUGAGGCCCGGGGAGUACAGGAGCAUGAGGGACAUGGGAACAGGCCCCAUGGAUAUGAGGAUCGGAUCCAUCAAACGCAUUACGGAAUCCUGUUAA